AUGGUUGCAGGCACGAGCACAGGCAUGAUCGUCAUAUCGUGCAUCGUAGCAUCCCAGCAGUACUUCACGAAGAAGAGGACAAUCGCAGGUGGCCUGGUGGCAGGUGGUUUCUCCAUGGGGUCUGUCGCCGCUGGCCUGCUCAUGAGAUUCGUGAACCACUUCUACCCCUGGCAGUACGGCCUGGUCAUUUUUGCGGGACUUGCCCUCCAGAUGGCGGUCAUCAGCGCUUUCGCAUUCAGACCUUUCAUACCCGACCCAGCCAAUCAGAACUUUCACCGCCGAACUAACGAAGAAAGGAACUUGUUUUAUGAACAGCUUAGGGAUGCUGUUCGCACAACACCAUACAAGCAUCAACUGUUCGUCCUAGGUGACUUCAACGCCCGCAUGGGAACUGACCAUAUUUUGUGGGACAGAGUGCUCGCACGCAAUGGAGUUGGUAGGAAAAAUUCAAAUGGAACCAUGCUUCUGGAGUUCUCUACAGAACACAAUCUGGCGGUAACUAAUACGGUCUUUCAACAGGCUGGCAGAAGGAAGACCAAUGUUCUACCUUGUUCUGACGAAAAUGAGAAUGAGCACAACGCAGGUGACAUGAACGAGGAUUAUGACGUCAUCAUCGUCAGCAAACCUACAGACAACCCAAAAUCAUCACCGACGUCACCAACUCCUGAAGACGCCUCUGAUGGUGUCCAACACAACAAUGAUGACCUCAGCAGCAACAACGAGACCAUCAAAAACAUUGGUGGCAGCACAAAAAAUGGUGGCCCUUUGAAAAUUGGCACCGCAUCAAUCGAAAAUACUACCUCCCACAAUAAGAGUGCAAUAACAAGCGACGGAGCGCAAAAAGGUGGAGAGUACGAAAAACUUCAGCCACUGACGACAACAACAUUGCAGAAGUUUCAACCAGCAUCGACAACUACGAACCCCACCUGGCGUCGAAAGUCUCGCACACCUGUCAUUCCACCCAACCUCACUACCCUUCAGCUCUUCACACGCCUCUUCCUUUUUCCUCCCCUCACCCUCUACAUCCUCUCCAACCUCUUCACCCACGUCGGCAUGACCACCUUCCUACAACACAGUCCCAAGAGAGCCCUGGGCUUCGGCAUCAAACCUCACUUGGUGGCGAUGUGGCCCGUCUACACUGCACUCACUCACGGUGGCUCGAAAAUUAUUUGCGGACUCAUUGCUAAUGUCUUGAAGUGGGAUAAUCUCACGCUCUAUACGAUUGCCUUAUUACUGACGGGAAUAUGUCAGCUUUUGAUUCCUCUCUGCACCACCUAUACAGACAUCAUCAUUCAGGCUGUCAUCGAAAGUUUCUUUCUAGGCUGCUAUCUGAGUGUCAUGUCGACGGUGGUGGUUGAUCUGGUAGGAGUCGAACACGUGGCCAAGUCUCAGGGACUCCUUGCUCUCUUCGUUGGCAUCGCAUCAACUAUUUCAACUCCGUUUUCAGGUUUCUUGUUCGAUGUAACGGGCAACUACGACCUGACAUUUUACGUGUCAGGAGUAACGUACGCCGUUGGUUUCAUCUUGUGUGCCUGCGCCCUGGUCAUCAGGAAGAAGCAGAAUAUCACAUCACAUCACCAAUCCCCUUUCAGAUGA